CAUGCGCAGUAAAGAGCCGAGGGAUGGGCGGGGGGGGAGGUCGGCUCGCCGGGAACACGUCAUUCGCCAAACUCAGCUCCGCCCUUCUCAAGAUGGCGCUGCGCUCAAUGCGGAAGGCCCGCGGGUGCGGGAGCUUCAUCCGGGCACUUCAUACAAGACCCGACGCUGCUUGUGCUCCCCAGAAAGACUGCAUGAAGCGAGUGUUUUCUGGCAUACAGCCCACUGGAAUCCCCCACCUGGGCAAUUACCUGGGAGCUAUUGAGAACUGGGUGAGACUGCAGGAUGAGUAUGGCUCUGUGCUGUACAGCAUCGUUGAUCUCCACUCCAUCACAGUUCCUCAAGACCCCGCCAUCCUCCACCAGAGCAUCCUGGAUAUGACGGCUGCUCUUCUUGCCUGCGGCAUAAACCCAGAGAAAAGCAUCCUUUUCCAGCAAUCUCAGGUACCUGAACACACACAGUUAAGUUGGAUCCUUACCUGCAUGGUCAGAUUGCCUCGGUUACAGCAUUUACACCAGUGGAAGGCGAAGACUGGUAAGCAGAAGCAUGACGGAAGCGUGGGUCUGCUCACAUACCCAGUCCUUCAGGCAGCUGACAUUCUGGUGUACAAGUAAGGAGAGAGCCCACCCCGGUCUCAUGGGUGCCCACGGUGACAAGGAGUGUUAUCACCUGUCAGCAAGUGUUGGUUUAUGGGAAAGGAACACAGAGAGGAUAAGGCACAUGAAUCCAUGCAUAACCCCCAAGCCUAGGGACUAAAUUAUAGAAGCAUAUGUCAGCAAGGCACUAGUACUACUCGUAGUUCAUACUUAAAUAAUACUGAAUAUGUAUUGGAAACUAUUGUAAGUGCUUUGUACACAUUAAUCUUCUCAAGAGUUUAUCCAGUGUGUUUAUGUGCAGUGAUCAUCCAGUUUACAGAUGAGGAUGGUGAGGCUCAAAGUGGUUUGAUAAUAUUCCCAGGUCUUGAAGCUAGCAAUGUUUGAAGCCUGGAGUUGAAUCCAGGAAGUUUCUGGACAGUCUCUGUUCCUAACUGCUGUGCCAGAUAUAUUUCCCCAGUGAGAAUUAAAUAUUCAGUUCUCUAAAAAUAUGUAUUUCUUGUCGAUUUGACUUGAUAGUACAGUGCUGUUCAGUAGAACUUGUUAUGACUACAAAGA